CAGGGGUUAAAAGGAAGCCCCAGGAACCUCUGAGGACAGGACCAACCUCUUCCAGGGAGACCAGGAAGCUCGGGGUGCCCGGGUGUCCAGCCAGCAGUGUGGAAGCCCUGGACCCCAGGACCCGUACACCCUCCGCUUCCUCUCUCUCUUUCCCUGACUCUGAGGCGUCGUCUCUGCUUUCAGAGUCCCUUCUCUUCCUGUAGCUACCUGCAUUUCUGACUCUCUCUGCCUCCCUGUCUGCCAGCCUGUGACACCUGUUGCCCCUUUCCCCGACCCAGGAACCCCUGGGCUGGUAGACCGCCGGCCCCCAGCAGGAAUGGGCAUGAAGACGCUGACCAUAGCUGUGGUCCUGAUUGUUGCAGCCUGGGCCGAGGAGAAGAACAAGGUGAUGCAUGGCGGGCCCUGUGAGCAGACAUCCCACCCGUACCAAGCUGUGCUCUACAGCUCCGGCCACCUGCUCUGCGGGGGGGUCCUCAUUCACCCCCUGUGGGUCCUCACCGCCGCCCACUGCAAAAAAACGGAUCUCCAGGUCUACCUGGGGAAGCACAACCUUCAGCAAAGGGAGAGUUUCCAGGAGCAGAGUUCGGUUGUCCGGGCUGUGGCCCAUCCUGGCUACAAUCCCGCCACUCACGACCAGGACAUCAUGCUGUUGCGCCUGGCACGCCCAACCAGAUUCUCUGAACACAUCCAGCCCCUGUCCCUGGAAAGAGACUGCUCGGCCAACCACACCAGCUGCCACAUCCUAGGCUGGGGCAAGACGGCAGAUGGCAAUUACCCUGACACCAUCCAGUGUGCAUACAUCCACCUGGUGUCCCGUGAGGAGUGCGAGCGCGCCUACCCCGGCCAGAUCACCCAAAACAUGGUGUGCGCCGGGGACGAGAAGCACGGGAAGGAUUCCUGCCAGGGCGAUUCCGGGGGUCCGCUGGUAUGUGGAGACCGUCUCCGGGGCCUCGUAUCAUGGGGCAACGUCCCCUGUGGAUCCAAGGAGAAGCCGGGAGUCUACACCGACGUCUGCAGAUAUGGCCACUGGAUCCGAAAAACCAUCCAGGCCAACUGACCCUGACAUGUGACACCCAACUCUUGACCUACGACCCUCACUUGCUGGCUGCAGAAUAUGUCUGACCAAGACCUUGCCUUCCCCCCCUGCCACCUGCCCAGACCUGACCCUUAACGCUUAAUAAAGGCAGUGACGCGACAGCAAGAACCCUCCCUGAUUUUAGCCCAUCCUCGCACCACCGGGUGCAAGUGGGGACAUGGGCUAAGGUCUUCUCCCCUCCACUAGAGAACAGAGGAAAAUCCUUUCCAAGCUUCCCUCCCUCCCUGAUCAUCCCAUGGGCUUGAUCUCUUCCUGCAGAGGAGUGGCCGCAAGUCUGGCCAACCCUGAGCUGGAAUCCCAGCUCUGCCGCUGGCUUGCUGUGCACCCUCGGGAGGUGCCUUCCUCCGCUGUGUCGAUUUUCUCAUCUGUCAAAUCAAGAUAAUAAUAGCGUAUUUCCCAUAAGGCGGUGGCUGUUGUUGGGCAGAUUGAAAGUUUCGAAUAUGUGAAACAGGUGACAGUGCCUGGCACACUUGUGUGAGCAAUAAAGAGCGAAUUUUAUUACCA